AUGGCGCCGGUGGUGCCACUGCCUGUUAAGCCGAAGCUCCGAUUUUCCAUUGAAUCUUUGGUUGGAAAAGAUGGUCACAGAGAUUCGGCUCAACUUGAAGAAAGCAUGGAUGUAGAGAACUUAUCACCAACUCCAACACGUGAAGAUUCUUCUUCCCCUAGUGGCUGGAUGAUGCCCGUCACUGUUAGUCACGACUCGCCGUGUCGGACUCUGCCUGUUAGGCCCGUUUGUUCUAUUGCUAGAGCUGCCCCUCCAUGUUUAGAAUCCUUUCCCGGCUACGGCGGCUUGAGACCUCCGGUCGUGUAUACUGCUCCUGAAGAAACUUCGACACCGUAUCUGUGUUCGCCCAACCCAUCCUCAUUGCAAGCCGUAUCUCCUUUUCUCCUGAACCGAGACCCGUAUCCAUUAUAUCCAUGGUUUCUUGCUUCUAGACAUCCAAGAUUCCUAUCUCAUCGCAUACCUGGUCCAGAUUUUUUACUUCAUCCGUUCAGAAAACCGAAAAGAAUCCGAACAGCUUUUUCUCCUUCCCAGUUGCUGAAGUUGGAACAUGCUUUUGAAAAGAGUCAUUACGUCGUGGGAGCUGAAAGAAAACAGUUAGCUCAGAGUCUUAGUCUCACAGAAACUCAGGUGAAAGUGUGGUUCCAAAACAGAAGGACCAAACACAAACGUCAGAAGCAGGAGGAAGAACAAACAAACAAACACCAACCAGAAGAAUUAUCGUCUCAUAGUUCUGAUUCAUCUGAUGAAAUCACUGUCGUAGAAACAAGACCCACAAAUAUCCGGAAGUCUCCAAACGUAGACCUUGACGAUUCUUUUGUUCGCGACCACCCUUGUUCAUCAUCGCCUUCAAGAUGACUUUAAGUGUGGUCCCAUAGUGACUUUAUGUUGGUUACCUGUAUAGUAAAAAAAAAGAGUGGAAUGAUUUCUAUAAGUAGAACACGGAUGAAUUCAAAAUGUUUAAUACUUACAAUCAUGGCGAGGUAAAUCAUAUUCCAUGAGAAGGUUGUUUACUGACUGUAGUUGUUUCAUCUUCCAGAGAAUCAAAGAUAAGGUUCUGAAAGAUAAUUACUACAGGUCGAAUUACUGACUUUUCCAAGGUCUUUAUAUUUAUACAAUCUAACGCAUACACCAAAAUAAAAUUUCGUAAUGACCGAGGACCAAUGUAUAACGUAUGUGCGAUGGUUGUGAUUAGAUUUUAAACAAUUUCAUGCCCUUUCUUGUCCGUGCUAUGAUUCUAGCGAGAAAGGAGUCCAAUAUGAAGGGCGGCCGACUUCCGGUCUCCCUAUAUCUAUACAGACUUAAGUUACGCACGUACAGUGUAGUCUGUUCAAAAAAGAGGGUAUCAAUUCAACUCCACAAAACAUGAAUAUG